UCUAAGAGCACCAGACAAGAACGAAGCAAAACGCGUCAAAGAAAGUCUGAAGAAACAUAGUGAUGAGAAGCACUGUUCAUUGAAGCCAAUUUUUAUGGAGGCAGCUCAUCACCACCGUUCAGCAGCUACACAAAGAGUUGAUGGGGAUCAUGAUCAGUCAAACAAAGAACUAUCAAACAAACCAGAGCAGUCACUACAGCAGAGACAAGGGCAGCAUGUGGGAGAACAGCAACACGUGCCCACACAGGACUGCCAAUUGAAGCAGUACCAUCAGCCACAGUGUGCCAUGAAGACACAAAGGUUGUCAGCAAAGUCCAAUUGCAAUCUAGGAAUUUUGCAAAGCAAUGUUGGCUGGAUUGACGAUGGAAUUAUCAACUCAGCCCAGCAGAUGCUGAAGCAGAGGUUUCCGGAAAAGAACGGUCUCCAGAACACCCUUUUGUCGCAGCAGCUGCAGUUUGUAGUGGCUAGGCAAAAUUCAAUUCAAAUUCAUAACAUUGGCAAUCACUGGGUAAUGACGUCAAGCGAUGAACAAGGGAGUAUACAUUUGUAUGACAGCUUGGUCAGAUACAAGCUAUCGAGUCACCUAGAACAGCAGAUUGCAUCAAUCUACCGAAGCAAUGAGAAGAUUACAGAUUCAAUAAGAGCAGUUCAGCAACAGAGAGGUGGCAAUGAUUGUGGGCUAUUUGCAAUUGCUUUUGCCUACUACGUUGCUUCUGGCAUUGAUCCUGAGUAUGUGACUUACAUUCAAUCUGACACGAGAAAACACCUGUUCUCAUGCGUCAAGAAAGGCUAUAUAACACCAUUUCCACGUUAUUUUCAAGGCUGCCAUGACAUCACAAGGUGCAGCCAGACAGUUUUGGAAGGCUGA